UAAAUAAUCUAAUUACAUGUUAUAUUAUUUUAAUAAUCUCAUUAGUUGGGUAAAUGUUGCGAACAGUAGUGAAAGUAAACAUGUGAAUGUGAACUUGGGCCUGAUCGGAACCGCUUACAGAGCUGAUUGAGUCUGGCUGCUGGGACGGUUCUGGUAGUUUCCCGGACUGGCCUGUGGGGGCGCUGUUGUUCCGCGCAGCAUAGAUCCAGCGGGAGAAGAAGGAUCAGAAGCUACAACAAUAAUCCAGGUAAACGCAGCUCCGCAGGGGGAAAAUCUGAGAAAAAACGGAGGAUUAAGGAGAAAAUUCCCGGUGUCAGGAUUACAGAAGAAGGAUUAGGAGAAGAAAAGUGGGAAUAAUCGUUCCUGGAGGUUAAUCUGGGCGCCAUGUUGUUUAUUUUUCCAGAUGUUUUGAUGCGCAGACUGUAGCUUGUUUUUGACCCCCGGCGCUGUUUUUGUUAUUUUUGUUAUUUUUGAUUAGUUUUCGUGGCUGAGCUCCAGCAGCAGCAGCGGACAUGGAGAGCCUCUACAAGCGGAAAAUGUUCGCCUCCAUGAGGAAGACCAAGGUGGCCGCCUCCAAGAAGCGCCAGAUCGGCCUUCCCGCCUCCAUCCUGGACGACAGCGAUGAAGGCUCGUUCUCCUCCUCCUCCUCCGGGUCCCAGUCGGACUUCCAGAGCUCCCCGGAGGAGGACAGCGAGCAGGCGGACCGGGACUGGAGCGAGUCCGGCGGGAGCUCCAGCGACGACAGCCGCUCGGUGAGCCGCAGGAAGCGCUCCUUCCUGGGGGGCGAUGACAGCUCCUCUUCCUCCAGCCCCGGCGGAGAGGACGAUGAAGAGGAGGAGGCCCGGAGCCAGCCGAAGAGGAGCAGCCAGCCGCGGAAGAGGAGCCGGCUGCAGAGGCAGGAGGAGUCGGACUCUGAGCAGACGGAGGAGAAGCGGAAGGAGGAGGCGGAGAAGGAGAAGCGGAGGCAGCGGCACAACAAGCUGCUGGCGCUGUCCCGGAGGAUGAAGGCCCGCGUGCCCAACAGGAGGCGGAACCGGGUCAAGCAGGGCUCUGACGACGAGGACGAGUCCAAAGACGGCGAGGACAAAAAUGGUGGAGACAAGAACGGCAGGGAAAAGAACGGCGGGGACAGACAUGGAGACGAGGCGGAGCAGAAGGGUGGAGACGAGGGGACGAAGGACGAAGAGGAGGAGGAGGAGGAAGAGGAGGAGGACAAAGAGGAUGAGAAGGAGUAGCCGGUCCCGGGUCCGAACGUCGGAACCAAAAACUCAAACUGUCGCUUUCUUCUUCUCUGUUUUUCCUCCUGCAGUCGACGAGCCGGACCUUCACGACGGUUGCUAUGGAAACGGACCCAGACAGGAAGAGGAUGUUGAACGAGUCGGUUCUGAUGAAGAUCUGAUCGGAACAGGACCGAUCUGGGUCGGAGGGCGGAGCAGCUCAGCGGCGGAGCUUCAUCGCCGUGACUACACUUCCCAUGAUGCUUUGCGUGACAGAGUCCCGGCCUCCAGGGGAUGGACCGGGACUCCAGAACCGUUUCGGGGUUCUGACCCGUUUAGGAAAUGCUCUCCAGGCUUUUUGGACUCAUUUGUUCCAGAAUCGCAGAACCAGACCAGGAACCAGAACCAGGCCUGGUUCUGUCUGACCGGGUCAUGUGUACAUAAACCCGACUUCCUGUUCCUUUAAUCAAACUGCGGCUCUGAAGGUUUCUGUCUCGGUUCUGUUGAAACCAUAUUUUAGCCCGGUCCAGUUCUGCAGAACCUCGGUACCAGUAUUUUGACCGAUCUGAAUUCAGUUUUUAUUUGCAGAAGGUUUUCCAGCCCUCUGAGGUCAAGAGGUCAUGACCCCAGAGACGUUCCGACAGAUUAAUUUCUGCGUUUAGCUAGCGACUUCCUGGUUGGAGCUCUCAUCCAAUCAGGAUGCAUUGUUUAAAGUGGGAGGAGUUAAAAUAUGAAUUAAUGAAUCGUUGAUGACAUCACAGAAGGUUUGAGCCUCAGCUGGCGGCUCAGUCAGCUACAUGAACAGAUGUUUAUAACCAGCUAACCUGAGUUUUUAUGAUUAGUCAGCAUUUAUUUAGAGGUUUCCAUCGCAGGUCUUCCUGUGACCUUUAACCCUGAAUCCUCCUCAUCAUCACUGUGAAGGUAUCACUUCCCAUUCUUAGGCUUUCUACAAACAUAAUUAUGGAAACAUUACUUCAGUUCGCUCAUGGGUUGCAGUGUUGCCCCCUGCAGGACGGGCGGUGUUGCCCCCUGCAGGGCAGGCUGUAUUGCCCCCUGCAGGGUGGCAGUGUUGCCCCCUGCAGGGCAGGAGGUAUUGCCCCCUGCAGGCUGGGCGGCGUUGCCCCCUGCAGGGUGGCAGUGUUGCCCCCUGCAGGACGGGCGGUAUUGCCCCCUGCAGGCUGGGCGGUGUUGCCCCCUGCAGGACGGGCGGUGUUGCCCCCUGCAGGGCAGGCUGUAUUGCCCCCUGCAGGGUGGCAGUGUUGCCCCCUGCAGGGCAGGCAGUAUUGCCCCCUGCAGACUGGGCGGCGUUGCCCCCUGCAGGACGGGCGGUGUUGCCCCCUGCAGGCUGGGCGGUGUUGCCCCCUGCAGGGCAGGCUGUAUUGCCCCCUGCAGGGUGGCAGUGUUGCCCCCUGCAGGGCAGGCUGUAUUGCCCCCUGCAGGGUGGCAGUGUUGCCCCCUGCAGGCUGGGCGGGAUUGCCCCCUGCAGGGCAGGCAGUAUUGCCCCCUGCAGGCUGGGCGGCGUUGCCCCCUGCAGGACGGGCGGUGUUGCCCCCUGCAGGCUGGGCGGUGUUGCCCCCUGCAGGGCAGGCGGUGUUGCCCCCUGCAGGGUGGCAGUGUUGCCCCCUGCAGGACGGGCGGUGUUGCCCCCUGCAGGGCAGGCUGUAUUGCCCCCUGCAGGGUGGCAGUGUUGCCCCCUGCAGGGUGGCGGUGUUGCCCCCUGCAGGGUGGCGGUGUUGCCCCCUGCAGGCUGGGCGGCGUUGCCCCCUGCAGGGCAGGCUGUAUUGCCCCCUGCAGGGCAGGCUGUAUUGCCCCCUGCAGGGUGGCAGUAUUGCCCCCUGCAGGCUGGGCGGGAUUGCCCCCUGCAGGGCAGGCGGUGUUGCCCCCUGCAGGGUGGCGGUGUUGCCCCCUGCAGGGUGGCGGUGUUGCCCCCUGCAGGCUGGGCGGCGUUGCCCCCUGCAGGGCCGGCGGUGUUGCCCCCUGCAGGGUGGCGGUGUUGCCCCCUGCAGGCUGGGCGGCGUUGCCCCCUGCAGGGCAGGCGGUGUUGCCCCCUGCAGGGUGGCGGUGUUGCCCCCUGCAGGCUGGGCGGCGCAUUGCAGUUUUAAACUCCCUCAUGUUUCUGUCGGCUGGAACCAUCUAAGAAAAACCUAAAGGUGGAAUGUGAAGAUCUUCUGUCGCGUUUUAAAGGUGGAAUAUAAAAGUUUUAAACAUUUUAGUGAUUCUGCCUGCAGGACGUCGGAUCAGAUCCGAUCCGCUGCAGGAAGUAAAGAAGGAAUCUUUUAAAAAGAGCAAAACUGAGUCAUUUAAGGCAGAAUCCUAAAAGGACUUAAAGCAAACGGGUCGGAUCCUGUUUGGUUCUGCUGCUUCUAAAGCUUCUAAUUUCAUAUCAGCAUUAAUAACUAAUGUAAAUACAUCUGAAAUACACUCUGUACCGUUCUGUUGGUUUUUGCAGCGCUGCGUUUGUGAGCUCGUUUAAAAACUUUACAAAUCACGUCCCAUACUCCUCGAUUUUUCUUCUCCGUUUCUGAUGUUUCAGUUUGGAGAUUCAUCACAGCUGGGGUCCGUCUACGGAAGCUCUUAGGGACAAACUCACCGAAACAGUUUCUACGCAGGAUGUAAGCGAGUUUACGCUGGUUUUCAGUGUUUCUGUUGCUUAAUAAAAACGCUUCACACCGAA